CUUCCUCCUUCUCUUGGUUGGACGCCGUAUCACAUCCUACUGGCCCCUGGCCUGUGGUGUCCAGCAGUGUCCGGACAUCAUGGGGACCCCGGAGCCCUCCUGGCAGCUUCUUCUUCCUCUCCUUCUGACUGUGGGUGGUCUCAGCCCUGUCCAGGCCCAGAGCGAAUGCAACUGCUCCCCGGUGAGCCCCGGUGUGCUGGCGGGCAUCGUGUUGGGGGACCUGGUGCUAACACUGCUCAUUGCCCUGGCCGUGUACUCGCUGGGUCGGCUGGUCCCGCGGGGGCGAGGGACUGUGGAGGGGCCACGAAAGCAGCACAUUACUGAGACCGAGUCACCUUACCAGGAGCUCCAGGGUCAGAGACCAGAUGUCUACAGCGACCUCAAGAUACAGAGGCAGUAUUACAAAUGAGCCCAAACCACGACAAUGAGCAACCUGAUGUCUGGAUCCAGCCAUUCCUGAUGCCCACCCAGUAUAUCAUUUCUAGUCCUACUAGGACACACAUUCACAGAGUGCCCUCCCUGAGCUAUCAGACCUCUCCCUACCAUUGUCC